AUGCCUGCCACGAAGCAGCAACGCCGCAAGGCAUUGGCCAAGCCCGAGGUCACCACUACCCAACAACAUGCCUCGUCGAGCAUCAGCAGCUUCACCCGUGUGUCCAAGACCGUUGGCAGCUCCAUUGUCAAGAAGGACCUCGUCUCCUUGACCCCCAAGAAGGACAUCAAGAUCGAGGCAAUCACACUCGCGUCGCGAAAGCGCAAAGCCAUUGCGACUAUCGAAGACGAUUCUUCGGCAGAUGAGCGACCUAGCAAGCUAGCCCUUCCUUCCAUCCCAUCAUUGGCAGCCGUCCAACCCGCAAAGCGAGGCCGUGGCCGCCCCAAGAAGGCCCGCCCUGAACCAACACCACGAAAGCGAGCCCGGAGUCCUAGCGUCUCCGACUCUGACGUAUCAGCCAUCGAUGCCGGCUCUCUCUUCAAGAAGCUCCGCUUAGAGUCAUCACCAUCUCGAUGCUCGUCACCCCUGACUGCCAACACUUCCGUUGCCGAUUCAGACAUCGACGCGGAUAUCGAAUUCUCGAAACCUGAUCAGCUUCCUUCAGAGGUCCUCUCUCUGAUCGACCUCCAUACUGCGUUCCUGAAGACAUUGACUCUUCACUACGCCCACAAUGGCUCCAACAUUCCCGCCGACCUGCGCAUCCUGUGCCCGAACGUCGCCCGCGCGUGGGGAAAGAAGAGAGUCACAGACGCCGAGAUCCGCGUUUGCAUAGGAGUUCUGAACAGUCAUUCGUCUUCGCAGAGCAAUGCGUCGCGAUCCAACAAUCUCUUAUCCCUUUCGAACUACGGACGCGGCAAGAUCUGCAUCGAGAUCGACCCAGCCCACGGCUCCGGGCCCCUGAACGAGAAGAAGCUGAAUGACCUCUUCCGCGACAACCUGGAGGCUCUCUGGUCCCUAUUUACCGCCAAUGGCAAGCCCGAUGCGGCGGCUUUCAUGACCAGCCUCCCUAAAGCACCGGUCACCGUCUGCGAGUCUGUCGUCAAGGCGUCGCCCAUCCUGCUGAAGGGCCAGAGGCGCCUGGAAGACCUGAAACAUGGAAUCGCAGUCAAGAAGCAGGAGAAGGAGACCAAGCCGCAAGGCAACGUGCCCAUGACCAACGCCGACGGGUCCAAGAUGAGCCUCCUCGACCGCAUCCGCUACAAGUCACUCCAAAAAUCAGCGAUGCCUGCAGGUCUCACACCAGCCCGGCUCGAGCGCCGCGCCGCCCUGCAGCGUAUCGACGAUGUCGCGGCAAUGAUCGGCAUGCUCAGCCGCGCGACGUCGGCCGGCCAGGGGCGCAUCUCGUUCACCAUGGUGGCCAUGCUGGAAAAGCUCAAGGACUCGUUCCGUAUGGGCAUAUCGAAAGAGGAGGGCGCGGUGUGUGUGCGCCUGCUCGGCAGCGAGGUCGCGCCAGAAUGGAUCCGCGUCGUCACCAUUGGCCAGAGGGAGAACGUGGUCAUCGAGACGGAUUGCCAGCUGAGCAAAGUCGAGAUUGCGAAUCGGGUGCAAGCGGUGCUUGCGAGAGUAUAG